AGAAGAACAUUAAAGGGAACCAAAGGAAUAAAUGACACAAAUCUUUACUCCACUCAUCCCUACCCCUCCUCCUCUAGUCCUCUCUUCACUAACCCCUUCAUUUCCCAAGAUUUCCUGGAUUUGGCUCCUACCAAGAAACUCCAAGAAAUGAGUCAUAAAAUUUGAGUUAACCACUCUCCCAUCAAUCUCAUCAUUUCAAUCCAUCAUCAUUUUACCCCAUCUUUGCAUACCCAUCACUGAUAAUCUCUCUCUCUGCCUUCCUGUUUUUGCAACAAAUAUGGCAAUCUUCUGAUUUUUCAAUCACCAAUAUACAUCAUUGAAUCUCUGGAAAGCCCCUUCCUUCUAUACAUCUUUGAUUUGAUCCCCUGCCUUUUUUCUUUAAUGAAAAAACCCUAAAUUUCAAGAAGACCAGAAAGGCAGAAAGUUCAGAGCUUUCUUGAUCCAAGAGAUUUGGGAAGCAAAUAUACAUAUAAAAUCAGAAAAGAAAUGAAUCCCUUCUCUCAUGAAGUAGUUGCUUGCUCAAACCCCGACAACCCCAACUACGCCUCUGCCGUCGUGGCGGUGCCGGCGGCGCCGGCGUCGUCCAGCCGGUACGAGAAUCAGAAGCGGCGGGACUGGAACACGUUCGGGCAGUACCUCAAAAACCACCGGCCGCCGCUGGCACUCUCACGCUGCAGCGGGGCCCACGUGCUGGAGUUCCUCCGGUACCUGGACCAGUUCGGAAAGACUAAGGUCCACACCCAGAUAUGCCCUUUCUACGGGCACCCGAACCCGCCGGCGCCCUGCCCGUGCCCUCUCCGGCAGGCCUGGGGGAGCCUCGAUGCGCUCAUCGGCCGGCUGCGGGCGGCGUACGAGGAGAACGGCGGAACGCCGGAGACGAACCCGUUCGGGGCGCGGGCUGUGAGGCUUUACCUCCGAGAAGUUCGGGAUUUGCAGUCCAAGGCCAGAGGAAUCAGCUAUGAGAAGAAGAAGAGGAAACGGCCCCCGCAGAUGCCGGUGCCGCCGCCGCUGCCGCCGGGUGAGGCUCCACUGCAUAUCUGAUGUACGUGUGUAUUGGUUGUCGUAUAUAUCCAGAGCGAUCAUGUUCUUCCGGUUUUACCCUUCUAGUCUUUCUCUAGACUCUCUUUACCCCCAACAAAAAACAAAAAAAAAACAAAGGGAACUUUGGAUUUUCCUUCACUUCUGUAGUAUGUAUGCUCUAUAAUGAACUGAUCAAUUAUACUUCUGUGGGUUUUUAUAACUUCUUGCUUUAUUGGAAGUUCUUAAUUUUAUAUUAAUAUUAACCAUGAAAGGAUAUGAUUUUGUA